AUGGCCACUGCCACUGUCUCGCAGCCCACCGCUAAUUUGGCAACCUUGGGCCAAGUGACCGAGUCAUCUACUGUCUUGUCCCACGAUGUCGAUACAGUACUGAAUUACUUGAAACCCAGCGAAGAUGGCUCGCGUCCAAACCCGGCCUACGUCGACCGUCCAGAAACAUUCGAGCUGCCCAACGAAUCCCACCCCGUCAAAAUCAAGGAUGUCUCGGGCCAGGAAUCGCAAUACACCCUCGACAAAAACGGCUUCCAGAUUCACCACCAUGAGAGUCAGGAGAAAGACUUCCUGAACGACGAACAGAUCAAGGCGGUUUACUACCCUGAGACGGAGCAAUUGCUAAAGAACGUCACCGGCGCAUCCAAAGUCUUCAUCUUUGACCACACCAUCCGCCGCCCCAGAAACGACGGUCUCAAUGCAGCCCGCGGCCCUGUGCAGCGCGUCCACAUUGAUCAAACCUACGAGGCCUCUCUCUCGCGCGUGACGCACCACCUCCCUGAAGAGGCCGAGGAGCUCCUCAAGGGCCGCGUCGAGAUCAUCAACGUGUGGAGGCCCAUCAAGCAAGUUCUGCGCGACCCUUUGGCCUUGGCCGAGGCGUCAUCCGUUCAAGAGGACGAUCUUGUGCCUGUCGAUCUCAUCUACCCUAAUCGGAAGGGGGCGACUUUCUCCGUGAAGCACAACCCGGCGCAUCGGUGGUUCUUCAAGUAUGGGAUGACGCCUGAAGAGGUCAUUCUGAUCAAGUGUUUUGAUAGUAAGACGGAUGGGCGGGCGAGACGGGUGCCGCACACGGCCUUUGUGGACCCCAAGGCAGGGGAUGAUAUUCCGAAAAGGGAGAGUAUUGAAGUUAGGGCAUUAGUAUUUCAUGAGAACGACCGUGAGUAG